UUUAGUCAUAUAGGACUGCUUCAAAUUCCUUCUCGUAACACACACACACACACACAUAUAUAUAUAUAUAAAUGUCCAUGCCAACUCUAUCUUCUUCAAUAAACGUCCUUCUCUAGCAGCUAGGCUAGCUCAUCAGUAAUGGCAAAUCACCUUCUGGCCUGUGCUCUUCUCGUCAUCCUAGGCAUCAUGCCAUGCACAGCAACCGUGUACACCGUCGGCGGCACCUCCGGCUGGGACAUCAGCACCGACCUCGACACCUGGGCCCAGGACAAACGCUUCGUCGUCGGCGAUGUUCUACUGUUCCAGUAUUCGGCGCCGGAAACCGUGAACGAGGUGUCGAAAGAGAGCUACGACGGCUGCAAUACCACCAGGGUGAUACAGACUUCCAGCAACAGCGGCAACACGACGGUCACUCUGAGCAAGCCGGGGGACAGGUACUUCGUCAGCGGCAACAGGCUCUACUGCCUCGGGGGGAUGAAGCUUCACGUCCACGUGGAUGGUAACAGCGCAGCGGCCACGGCGGCCCCUGCCCAGGCCCCGCAGGCGGAGGCCGGAGGCAAUCUCCCUAGGUCGCCUUCUUCUAAGAGCAACAACCCGACCUCUGUUGUUCCCAGUUCGGCGGCGGCGGUGAUUGGCCACGGCGGAGUGGGUAUUCUGGCGUUGGGUUGUGUGGGCUACGGGAUUGCUGCUCUCUUUUUGAGUGUUUGAUCAACUUGAGAAAAUGUAAUUUUCCAUG